AUGGAAGUCGGUACGAGGUGGUCUUCUGAGCAAGAUAAAACGAAUUUGGAGUCAAAAUUAAAAAAUGGUUGUUUGAAAGGUGAUGCUGCGGAAGUCCUAGCUUCAAUUGAAUUGUCGGCAGAAAAUUAUUGUGUCGCGUGGGAAUUACUAAAAGAGCGUUAUGACAAUCGGAAAAUCAUUCGCGAAGGACACGUAAAAUCUCUGUUACAUUUGCCAUGCAUAUCAAUAGAAUUUCCCGUUCGUUCGCUCCUUGAUCAAGUGCAAAAGCAUAUCAGAGCUCUUAAAGCCUUGAAAGAAUCCGUAGAUAGUUGGGAUACGCUAUUAGUAAUUAUCAUUAAAGAAAAUCUAAAUCCUUUUCUUCGCGAAAAAUGCGAAGAUUCUAACAAUGAACUUUCCCAGCCAACCUAUAGUGAUAUCGUAACAUUUUUACAAAAGCGUGCACAAUUUGAAGACACUAAAUCUUAUCAGCAAGCGCCAGUAGCAAAAAAUCAAUACUCGUUUAACAAAAAAUCGUUUUCGCAUUCUCGUCAAGAAUCAACUAGCUCAGAGCACCCGGCCGAAACCGCCACAACAAGCAAAUCCGUUACUUGCGCGCUCGCGAACGUUACUUCUGAAGGCUUAUUAGCCACUGCCAUCGUUGACAUUUUUAAUCCGCAAGGAAAAUCGAAACCUUGUCGUGUAUUUUUGGAUUCAGGCCCACAAUUAAAUUUUAUAACUGAAGAUACUGCAUCUUUUCCAAACUUACGCAAAAAAUCGGUUGACAUUUCGGUCACUGGCGUCGAAUAUACUUCCACAGGAAUCAAACACUCGGUUUCCGCGACUAUGAAAUCGCGAUUUAGUAAAUGCCAAAAAAAUAUUGAUCUUUUCGUGCUUCCUCGUAUAACAGCAAAAAUUCCUUCUAUACCUAUAAAUCGGUCUGAGUUUGAACUCCCGAAAAAUAUCACUUUGGCAGAUCCCGAGUUUCACAAGCCAUCUGAUAUCGACAUUCUUAUUGGCAUCAAACUCUUUUAUAAACUCUUGUGUGUUGGUCAAAUUGAGUUUAAAAAUCAUCCUAACGUGGUGCUGCAAAAAACUCAACUCGGAUGGCUCGUAGCGGGUGAAAUAAAUAGCCCUUCUCCUACAACCAAAGUUCAGUGUCAUCUCGCGAUAAACUCAACACCUCUCGACUCGAGUCUCACUAAAUUUUGGGAAGUCGAGGAAAUUCCCAAGUCAAAAUUACUUUCCGCUGCAGAAAGGGCAUGCGAAGUCCAUCUUGCAAAUGAUACGCAAGGUGGUGCCACUGGCUGUUACAUUGUCAAAUUGCCCUUCAAUGAAAAUAAAGAGGAAUAUGAGACUUUAAAUCACAUGUCGUUUAUUAAAAAUUCAAACUCUGCUGAACUUGGAUUUUACCUUCCACAUCAUGCCGUGGUAAAAUCGAACAGUCUCACCACUAAAAUUCGUGUGGUUUUCGAUGGUUCCGCCAAAACUUCCUCUGGCAUUUCUCUAAAUAAUUCACUGAUGGUCGGUCCUACGAUUCAGGACGAUCUUUUCUCUUUAUUAACUCGAUUUCGCAUUGACAAAUAUGCCCUCACUGCAGACAUAGAAAAAAUGUGCCGUCAGGUCUUAGUACAUACCGAUGACGCUGUCUAUCAAAAAAUACUUUUUCGCGAAAACCAAAAUGCACCUAUAAAAAUAUACUCGUUAAAUACUGUCACAUACGGUACUUCCUGUGCGUCUUUUCUGACCAUUCGCGCAUUACAUCAAUUAGCCAACGACGAAGGAGCACAGCAUUCAAUCGCUGCUGCCGCUUUGAAUCAGUAA